GAUUCUGGGCUCCACUCAACCACAUUCUAACUAUAUGAGCUUUGAAAUUCAGUUUUAUCGUCCUCCUGAGUUGUUUGGAAUACAGGAAAUAAAGGUGUUUAGAAACUAAAGCCCUGGGCUAUCGUAAUUAUUAUUAGCACUUUUUUACAGUAACAGCAGGAAACUCCUUUACCAGUUGUAAUUCCUAUGAUAAAAAUUACUUUUUUUAGACAACAAAGGCAGAGGAAUUUUGACAAAAAGUCUUGUCCAAAAAUUUUGUGCAAAAAAUGCACAUGACAUCUUGAAACCUGGCAGCACAGAGCAAAAAAACCUGAGGGACAUUGUGCUCACACUAUUUCACACAGUAGUAACACCUGCUCAUCAAAUUAGCUUGUUACUUUGGCCUGCGGUAGGCCCCGAGCCUGUAGACUCUUGUAGGGUAGGUGCCACCUGGGAAGGUAGGGGCAAGCCUAUCUAGGUCCAUGACUGUGACUGUUCUCACAGUACUGUUUGAUUUAUGAGAAUCCCUGCUUUCAGUAUAUAUUUCAGUUGGAUUCUUGCUUCUGUUUGCAAGUAGGAUUUUGAAAAAUCUUUGAAUUAAAAGGAUCAGCACAGCCAAGGGGGCAUUAGAGAGAGAGUAAUGACGGUAUCAUCACCAAACAUUCAUUGAACACUUUGUAAGGGGCCAAGUGCUGUGCUGAGUACUUUCCACUCGCUUGUUGAAUCUCCUUGAGUGUGCGAUAACCCUGUGAAGUAGGGACUGUAGUUACACCUGUUUUACAAAUAAGGAAGCUGAAGCCUCAUAUGGUUAAGUAAACCACCCAGGAUCACGUAAGUUUAGAUGGCAGAAUCACUUGUCAACUCAGGUGUGUCUGACACCAAAGCCCAUACCCUUCCAGUAUAAUAAGCCCUUUAUUUUACAGAUAGGGAAGGAGAGGUCCUGAGAUGUUAAGAUCCGUGGUCACUUUCCUUCUUACUCCGGUCUGGGUCUUUUUCUGCAUUAUAGCCUCUUAAUCAUUUGCUUGUUCCUCUACAUGUUGUUGAUUUUUUCUGGCCUCUGUGCAUCUGGCUAAUGUGUCAAGCUGGUUCAAAGUUACGAGGUUUGUAAGCGUUUAGAUGAAACAAUAGUUAGAUUUUUAAAAUUUGUAAUGGAAUCACUUGAUUGGAUUUUUAGUGAAAGCUUUUCUACCCGACUCCUAUAAAGGGGAUGCUCUCUCCCAUGUGCUAUUAAAAGUUGAACCUUGUGACUACUGUCUGUGUUUUUCUUUUAGAGAAGUCAGAGGGGGCAGUUGUGACUUCAUGUGAAAAAUAGCCACCAAAGAUCUAUCCAGCAUCAUUUUUAGUUCUUUAAUUUUGAAGAUAUACCCUCCAGUCCUAGAAGGAUUCUACCACUUUCUUCUCCACCCUGAAGAGACUUGGAAAUUAAUGGGUAACAGUUUGCAUGAAAAUUACUGAAUGCGUUUGCUUCUUAUCUCGGAGGCCUUCUGCGGAGAAUUAAUAGGAGGUUGAAUGCGCGCUUGGAUAAAAUGGAUCAUCUUAAAGGAUUGAAGUUCCAAAAAUAUAUCAGCAGGACUGGACAGGUUUGACAUAAUGAGAUUUCUAUUUUAGCUUGACUUCUGGAGCACUGAAUAAACUAUAAACUGAGCCGCACAGGUCCUGGGAAGGAAGUUUCUCUUUUAAAAUACUCCAGCUGUGUGUAACGUUUUUCUUAUUCAGGACCUUUGAAAAUACAUUUACUUACUGAUUUUUAGAAAUUUAAAGAAACAGCCACCAGCAAGACGAAGGAUCUCUGCAUAAGCACUGGUGGAGAUGGCAGAAGCUUCGGAGGAUGCUUCAGCCCUGCCCGUGACAGUGAAGAAAAAGAAAAGUUUAUCCAUUGAAGAAAAGAUCGACAUCAUAAAUGCAGUAGAAAGUGGCAAGAAAAAGGCAGAAAUUGCAGCUGAAUAUGGAAUAAAGAAAAAUUCAUUGUCUUCUAUUAUGAAGAAUAAAGACAAAGUUCUAGAAGCCUUUGAAUCUCUGAGAUUUGAUCCAAAGAGAAAAAGACUGAGAACUGCUUUUUACACAGAUCUGGAAGAGGCAUUAAUGAGGUGGUAUCGAAUUGCUCAGUGUCUAAAUGUACCAGUUAAUGGUCCAAUGUUGCGUCUAAAAGCUAAUGAUUUUGCCCAGAAACUGGGACAUAAUGAUUUUAAGUGCAGUAAUGGAUGGCUGGAUCGCUUUAAAUCUAGGUAUGGUUUAGUAUUCAGAGCUCAACCUGUAGAAGCUACGGGUGUAUCAGUAGACCCUUCAGCUGUCUGGCAUCAAAAUGUACUUCCUUAUUAUUUAAAUGAUUAUCAUCCUAAAAAUGUUUUCAAUAUAAAAGAGACUGGGCUGCUUUAUCGAAUGUUGCCUACAAAUACAUUUGCAUUUAAAGGAGAGACAUGCUCCGUCGGAAAGUUAUGCAAAGACAGAAUAACUCUGGUGGUUGGGACAAACAUGGAUGGCUCAGAGAAACUUCCUUUGCUUAUCAUUGGAAAAAACAGAAAUCCACAUUGUUUCAAAGGUAUAAAAUCAUUGCCUGUGUGUUAUGAAGCUAACAAAAUGGCAUGGAUGACCUCAGACUUAUUUGAACAAUGGAUGCGGAAGCUUGAUGAGAAAUUUCAAGCCCAGCAACGAAGAGUGGUGAUUUUUGUUGAUUCUUUUCCUUCACAUCCAGAGGUAAAGAACCUAAAGUCCAUUGAGUUAGCAUUCUUUCCAUCAUGUUUAUCUUCCAAAUUUAUAGCAAUGAAACAAGGUGUUAUUAAAAGCCUUAAAAUAAAAUAUCGACAUUGUCUUAUCAAGAAAUUUUUAAGCUCUGUUGAAGGCAGCAAAGAAUUUACAUUUUCCCUACUAGAUGCUGUUGAUACUUUGCACCUUUGUUGGAGGGCUGUAACCCCAGAGACUAUUGUUAAGAGCUAUGAAGAGGCAGGAUUCAAAUCUCAAAAGGGAGAAAGUGACAAGACCAAUGCAGAGACAGACGCUGGUCUUGAUUUGGUUGCCCAUGCUCAGGCAGCAGGCGUGGAAUUUCCUGAAGGUUUAUCUAUAGAAGAGUAUGCUGCCCUGGAUGAUGAUUUGGAGACAUGUGAAGCUGCACCAGAAACUGAUUCGGUAUGGACUGAAGAAAGUCAAUCAGAGGAAACUGGAUUUUAUACUUCUGAUGAAGAGGAUGAUGGUGGUUCUCUAGGAAGUGAACUCCCUUUGCCAUCAAAAAAUGAGGCAUUAACUGCUUUAGAUACUCUUAAAAAUUUUCUUAGAAGUCAAGAUAUAAAUGAUGAGCUUCAUAAUUCUUUAGCAGACCUUGAAAUUUUUAUUAACUCAUCAUCUAAAUAAUUAUUUGUGGUACAAUAUCUGAAGAGUAAUAGUUUUUCCUGAUGUAUUUUACUCUACGAGGUAUAUAAAGGGAAAAUACCACUUAAACAUUAAAAAAAAAGAAAAAGAAAACUUUGGUUUAAUUGCAUAUGUCUUUGACCUGAAUAGCAAAGUUCCCUAGGUAGAUUAAAUAAUGAGUAAGUCAAUGAAAAAUAUGAAUUUCAAUUUAGCAAGGUUUGGGGAGUAUAAAAUGUAUUUCAGAGGCCUUGUACUUGAAAUACCUGAUAUAAAUGUCAAAAAUAAAAAACUCUUCAGCUAUUUGAUUCAUACAGGUUGAAUUGGUGAUUGCUAUUUUCUUUAAGUGCAGAUCAUGUUCUAGAAUAUUUUAAUUUAUCUACCUCGUCUUAGAAAUAAAAUAUCUAUUACUUAGAUAU